UCUGCCCUGGCGGCUGUGGGCUUGGGACUGAAGUCGCCGGUGGGCUGCGCGUCUGUCGGUCCCUUGGCGGGCGCUGGGCCUGUUCUUCUGUCACCCUCGCCGUGCGGCGGCCUUCAGCAACACCAUGGCUUGGACGUUCAUGAGAGAUUCUGCCUGGAAAUACUUACAGUCUGCCCAUCUUGGAGGAGAUAGGAACUAUUCCCAUUAUACCUCUCGUGAUUUUUCUUCCCAGUUUGGGUUAGAAGACUUUCUAUGUACAGAUGACAUUCCUGGGACAGAUGAAGAUACAGAUUCAGCUGUUUUAUUUGGAACCUUGCGAGGAAAUGUGGUUGGAUUACGUUAUUACACAGGGGUUGUUAACAAUAAUGAAAUGGUUGCACUUCAGAGAGAGCCCAAUAACCUCUAUGAUAAAAAUGCAGUAAAAGUAAACAAUGUGAAUGGAAACCAGGUAGGCCAUAUCAAAAAAGAACUUGCAGCGCCCUUGGCAUACAUCAUGGACAACAAGCUAGCAAUAGUUGAAGGGGUUGUCCCUUAUGGAGCAAAGAAUGCCUUUACUAUGCCUGUACAAAUGAGUUUUUGGGGAAAAGAAGAAAAUAAGCAAGCUGUUCUAGAUAAAUUGAAAAUGCAUGGAUUUAAAUUGGCUCCUCCUUCAAAAAGUUCAGAAUUUGGUUUUGGAUCUAGCUGGGUUUCUGGGAGAGCUGGACCAAGCUAUAGUGCUCCAGGACAUGCUGCUGUGCAGAUGACAACAGAGCAGCUUAAAAGUGAGUUUGACAAAUUGUUUGAAGAUCUGAAAGAAGAUGAUAAAACUCAUGAAAUGGAAGGAGCAGAGGCUGUUGGAACACCAUUACUUCCACACCAAAAGCAGGCUUUAGCUUGGAUGGUUUCACGUGAGAACAGUAAGGAGUUGCCACUGUUUUGGGAAGAGAAAAAUAACUUCUACUAUAAUACACUUACAAAUUUUGCUGAAAAAGAACGACCAGAAACUGUUCUUGGAGGAAUACUGGCUGAUGAUAUGGGAUUGGGUAAAACACUUGCAACAAUCGCAUUGAUUCUUACCAACUUUCAUGAUGGCAAACCUCUUCCUGUUGAAAAGAUUAAAAGCGAUCAGUUGCAUAAGGAAUCUGUUGUCACUGGUGUGAAAAAUGAAGGACAUGAACUUUUGAAAGAGACCAGCUGUAAUGUGGAGCCCAACAUUUCUAAUGUAAAGAAGAAGAGUGAAACUAUUCAAUCACAAUAUUCUAGUUCCCGACCAAAAAGAGCUAAAGCUGAGAAACCCAAAUAUACAGUAAGCAGCGACUCAGAAGAAUCUGAAGAGUGGCUACCACAACAAACAAGAACCAAAUGUGAAAAAGAUCUCCCAGUAACCAGAAAGAGAAGUAAAACAGCUGCUCGUAUUAUCCAAGAAGACACAGGCUUUGCAUCUGCUCUUGCAUCUCCACCUGCUCCAUUAAAAAAGAAAGCAAAGAAAAAAGGUACUGCAAGUGUACAGUCUGUUAAGAAAAAUGAUUCUGAAGAGGGUCCCAGAACAACACUGAUCAUAUGUCCGCUCUCUGUCCUAAGCAACUGGAUUGAUCAGUUUGAACAACAUAUCAGGCCAGAUGUUCACUUGAAUAUAUAUGUUUAUUAUGGUCCUGACCGCAGCAAAGACCCAGUAUUUCUUUCAAAACAAGAUAUAGUACUAACAACCUACAACAUUUUAGCCAGCGAUUAUGGAAGCAGAGGUGAUAGCCUGUUACACAGAUUAAAGUGGCUAAGAGUGGUGUUGGAUGAAGGACACACUAUUCGAAACCCAAAUGCUCAGCAAACUAAAGCUGCAUUAAAUUUGGAGGCACAGAGAAGAUGGAUACUGACAGGCACUCCUAUCCAGAAUUCCUUAAAGGAUUUGUGGUCUCUUCUCUCCUUUUUAAAACUGAAACCUUUUACUGAUAGAGAGUGGUGGCACAGAACAAUCCAGCGCCCUGUCAUGCUGGGAGAGCAAGGGGGACUAAGGCGUUUACAGUCCCUAAUUAAAAACAUCACCCUUAGGCGAACGAAAACAAGCAAAAUUAAAGGAAAGCCUGUUUUGGAGUUACCAGAACGUAAGGUAUUUAUUCAGCAUGUUACGCUUACAGAGGAAGAGAGAAAAAUCUAUCAGUCUGUGAAGAACGAAGGCAAAGCUGCUAUUAGCAGGUAUUUUAGUGAAGGAACUGUUCUGGCACAUUAUGCAGAUGUCCUUGGUGUCUUGCUCAGAUUGAGGCAGCUGUGUUGCCAUCCUCAUCUUUGCACAAAUACAUCGUCUUCCAGUUGUCAAAUACGUGAGAGUACUCCUGAAGAAUUACGUGAGAAGUUAGUAAAUAAAAUGAAGUUGGUUCUCAGCUCUGGCUCAGAUGAAGAAUGUGCAAUUUGCUUGGAUUCUCUGAACCUUCCUGUGAUAACACACUGCGCACAUGUGUUUUGUAAACCAUGCAUUUGUGAAGUCAUCCAAAGUGAACAGCCAAAUGCCAAAUGUCCUCUUUGUAGAAACGAACUUCGAGUAGAACAUUUGGUAGAAUGUCCUCCAGAGGAGUCGGAUUCUAGCAUUGAGAAGAAGGGUGAUCGGGAAUGGAUAUCCAGUUCAAAAAUCAAUGCUCUAAUGCAUGCUUUGAUAGACCUAAGGAAGCAGAAUCCAGCUGUAAAGUGUCUGAUUGUUUCUCAGUUCACCACUUUCCUGUCUCUAAUAGAAACUCCACUGAAAGAAUCAGGGUUUGUGUUUACUCGUUUGAAUGGGUCCAUGGCACAGAAGAAGAGGGUACAAGCAAUUCAGAGCUUCCAAGACAGCCAAACAGGGUCCCCGACCAUAAUGCUGCUAUCCCUAAAAGCUGGUGGAGUUGGUUUAAAUCUGACAGCUGCUUCACGAGUGUUUUUAAUGGAUCCUGCUUGGAAUCCUGCUGCAGAAGACCAGUGUUUUGACAGAUGUCACAGACUUGGCCAGAAGCAAGAUGUGGUUAUCACUAAGUUCAUUGUGAAGAACUCAGUGGAAGAAAAUAUGCUGCAAAUCCAGAACAAGAAGAGGGAACUUGCAGCAGGAGCCUUUGCAGCUAAAAAGCUUACUGUUAGUGAAGUAAAACAAACCAAGAUCAAUGAAAUUAAGACUCUGAUUGAUUUAUAAUUUUGUAAGAGGGUAGGUCAGUCAUUCUUUCUGAAUAAAGGAUAUAGUACUAUAUUUGAUGUGGCAUUAGUUUUUAUGUGCACACACUCCAUGUGUCUUUAUAAUUAUGCUGUUAAAGUACUUUGGUGGAUAGAAUAUAGACUGUGAAAUCAGCUGACAAGGAUAAAAAUUGGUUUGACUAUUUAAAUGUUAAUUAAACUCUUUAAAUAUUUUUGUACUCAUUAAACUUUUAUAAAAAGUCAUAUUUCAAACAUUACAGCAUUUCUGCAUACAAGUAGUUUUAUUUGAGAAGUGGACCAAAAAUAUCAAAACAGAAUUAUAUAACUUAUUUCACUGUGCAUUCUUAUUUGUAAAUUUCUGACCUAUUUCUAGCAUGAAAAUGAAAAUUGUAAAUUUUUCUGGCACUCUUUGAAAAUAUGACCAUCUGCGCCUGGCACCCUGCCCCCCGAAUAGAAACAUUAAAAAAUGUAAAUAAAACGCAGACUAGAAAAUAAAACUUUCUUUUAACCAGUCAGGUCUUGUUCUAUUGUGUUUCAGGACUGAUAGUUUAUAGUAAUUGCAAAACUAAAAAUGUGUAACUCCUUGUGAAGACUAAUAUUUAAUUAUGGAUUUAUUUUCUGUCAGUCUGUAUAGGUAGUUAUAAAAUAUUUUAUAAGUAAAACAGAGGAAGACACUUUUGUGUAUAAUGUACAGUUGCAACAGGAAAUGAAUGCUCAAGAGUCUCCAGGAUUGUAUCAAAGUGAACUAUUUUAACUGUAAAUAUAAAAUACUUACAUUUAAUGUUUUCCUUCUGUUAAAUAGAAUUCCAUUUAAAUGUAUAAAAAUUGUAAUUCUAUAAAUUUUUUUUGCGCUAUGUGGGAAAGAACAUGUACAUUCUAGUUAUGGCAUUAGUACUAUUGUAUAUAACCAAUCCAUGUGUUUGGAGUUUGGAAUAUGCCACUAUAUAUAGUUUUGCUGUAUGCAGUAUACAAGUAUGUUGUGCAUUUUUUGUAACCCCCACUUGGAAAAUAACUAAAAUUUCCUUUUUAAGUGGUUAGAAGCUUUAUAAUUUUUUUCCCCAUCACAAAAUACUUUUUUAGAUAUAUAUAAGUUGGAAGAUGCCAUGUGGAACACUGAUCUGUCUAGAACUUGAUUUACAGGGGAAGGAGCAAUUUAAUUAAAAAUUA